UGCAGAGCCGGUGUGCACACCGCGAGGCCAUGGAACCGCCCGCAGGGCCGGUGCUCUACCAAAAGCUGCUUCUCUGGGACCCCAGCUUGGGGUUUGAGGACGAUGAGGAGAAGGAGACAUCAGAGCUGGUCGCUCCCGACACCCGGAGGCCCCACGACUCCUUGGGAGAGACUCCCUCCCUGGCUGUCCUGUUUCCCCAAGCCCCUUCCGAUCCCCACGUCUCCUCUACGCUGUGCCAGGAGGCCCUUGUCCUUGGCGAACGUGCACUCUCGCAACAGGAACAAGUUUGGCGGGCUGCCCGGGGCCUGGGCCCGCCUCGGUGCCGCCCUGCUGCUGCUGGCUGUUGGCUUCUCCCUGGCUGCGAGGCAACUCUACACCAGGGGUAACCCUACAGGAAGCCUGGGCUCAGCAGCCCCCCGGCCCGGCGGGCACUCCCACCACCCCGGCGUGUACCACCAUGGUGCCAUCAUCAGCCCUGCAGCCACGUGCUCCCACCUGGGCCGAGAGCUGCUUGUCGCCGGCGGCAACGUCGUGGACGCAGGAGUGGGAGCAGCUUUGUGUCUGGCAGUGGUGCACCCUCAUGCCACAGGGCUAGGUGCCAUGUUCUGGGGUCUCUUCUACAACAGCACCUCGCGCACUCCAACUGCCCUGACGUCCGGCCCGGCCCAGACCCUGGGCCCUGGCCUGGGGCUGCCGACCGCUCUGUCCACCCUGCACUUGCUGCACACGCACUUUGGCCGCCUGCCCUGGCCGCAACUGCUGGUGGGCCCCGCCACACUGGCUCGAGAGGGCUUCCUGGUGGAUGCAGCCCUGGCUGCGGCUCUGGCAGCCCGGGGCACAAAGGGCCUCUGUCCACUACUGUGCCAUGCCGAUGGGACGCCCCUGGGCCCCGGGGCUCGAGCCACCAACCCCAAACUGGCAGCUGUCCUGCUCAGAGCAGCCGUUGCCCCCACCCCAGACCUUGCCGGGGACGCCCUGCUGAGCCUGCUGGUCAGAGACCUGGGGCUGCAGGGGCCCCCGUCUGGACCCACGCCCGCCCUGGAGCCCGCACUGCAGCUAGCCAUGCCCCAGGGCCUCCUGUCAACCACCCCCGGCCCCUCAGCUGGUCCAGAGCUGCUGACAGUGCUGGAGGCAGCCCUGCGCUCUGGAGGGCCCAGCCCCGACCCCUGCCCAGUGCCCCUGCAAGCUCCCGUGACCCCUGUGGGCAGUGUCCUGGCCACCAUAGACAGCAGUGGCUCCGUGCUCCUCCUCGCGUCCUCACUCAACAGCUCCUUUGGCUCCGGACACCUGUCCCCAAGCACUGGGGUUCUACUCAGCAACCUGGUGGCCAAGCCAACGGCCAGUGCCUGGGCCUGCCCCCUCAUCCUCCAUGGCAGUUCAGAUGACACAGAGGCUGAUGUGUUGGGGCUGGUGGCUUCGGGAACCCCAGCAGUGGCCAGAGUCAUGAGUCAUGCCUUGCUCAGUCACCUGGCUGCGCCCCAAACCCAGGCCCAGCCCCAGCAUGAGCAGGGACCGACACCAAGCACUAGUGUUUGUGGCCAAGGGACCCUGCUCCAGGUGGCUGCUCAGGCAGAGCACGCCCACGUCUCCAGUGUCCCCAGUAGCUGCUGCACCUUCCAGGGGUUCUAAGUGGGGGGACGUGUCUAGCAGGGGGUGGGAGGGUGGGGGCCUUUAGCCCGGAGGCAGGAGCAGAGCAGACCCCGCAAUGAUGAAGUGCAUAGACAGUGUGCGUGAGUAACGCGGUCACUGCUAGCUCAGGCCCACAACCUCCGGCCUGGUCAGCAUCCUGGACUCCAGAUCUGGCUCUUUUCUCAGCUACGGAAACCGAGGGUAUUGGGGAAAGAGCCCCAGGACCCAGGGCCAGCCCUGAGUUCAGAUCCAGCUCUGGGAAGGACAGGCAGAAGAGUGCCAAGCCCCUGCGUUGGCUCCAGGCCCAGCUUGGGGUACUGCUGGCCUCUCUGUCUUCCCCUUCAGGCCACUCUCUGCCAAUCUCUCUCAGCUGAGCUGGAAACAAAAUAAAGAUCCAAU